ACGGCCAUGUGCUACAUUAGUGAAUAAUAACAAAGAGUUCUAAACCACACAAGUGCUCAGCAUAUAAAUUCCUCUCCAGUCUCCACCCCUCUUCCAUUAUAGAGGCCUUAUCUCAAGCACUCGUUGAAUGAAACCAAUGGAUCAUUUCCAUCUUCUUAAUUAGUUCUGAGUCAGUUUAUGUUGCAACCCCAUCAGACCUUUCAGCCUUUUUUACACCUCAGUACUGACAAGUCUGGACAAUUUGGUGGGUUUUGUUUCCAACUUCCAAGUUGAUGGAAGGAAGAUUCACUGCUGCUCCAUACAACCAUAGCUUCAGUUCUGAGAUGAAGGUGAGCUUCAACAGGAACCACCAGAACCAUGGCAACUCUGAAAUCCCACACGAUGAAGACGACGAUGCACCUCUUGAUCUUCGCUACCUCUCAAAGAUCAUUCUUCCUCCAUUGGGUGAUUCAAGUUCUAAUCUAAAUCAAAUUAAGUCCAAAGGAUGGAUCAUCUCACCCAUGGAUUCAAGAUACAGGUGUUGGGAGACUUUUAUGGUGCUUUUGGUGGCUUAUUCAGCAUGGGUUUACCCAUUUGAGGUUGCAUUCUUGAAAGCCACUCCCACAAGAGGACUCUACAUAGCGGACACCAUUGUUGACCUGUUCUUCGCCAUUGACAUUGUUCUAACAUUCUUCCUGGCUUACAUCGACCCGCGAACUCAGCUUCUAGUUCGGGAUUCCAGAAAAAUUGCCGUAAGGUACCUCUCAACAUGGUUUAUCAUGGAUGUGGCUUCCACUAUCCCCUUUGAGGCUCUCGCAUUCUUGUUUACAGGAAAAUCCAAGGUGGGUCUUAGUUACUGCAUUUUGGGCUUGCUCCGGUUUUGGAGGUUAAGAAGGGUCAAGCAAUUCUUCACAAGGCUUGAGAAGGAUAUCAGAUUCAGCUAUUUCUUGAUAAGGUGUACUACACUUCUAUCUGUCACAUUGUUUCUGAUUCAUUGUGCUGGAUGUCUCUAUUACUUUAUGGCGGACCGGUACCCGCAUCAAGGGAGGACAUGGAUUGGUUCAGUGAUGACAAAUUUUAGUGAAGCAAAUGUUUGGACCAGAUACAUCACUGCCAUUUACUGGUCCACCACCACCAUGACUACUGUUGGCUAUGGUGACCUACAUGCUGUGAACUCUACAGAGAUGAUCUUCAACACAUUCUACAUGCUUUUCAACCUUGGCCUUACUGCUUACUUGAUUGGAAACAUGACCAAUUUGGUCGUUGAAGGAACUCGUAGGACAAUGGAAUUUAGAAACAGCAUACAAGCAGCUUCUAGCUUCGUGAGCCGGAAUCAUUUACCUCGAAGAUUGAAGCAUCAUAUAUUGGCCUACAUGUGCUUAAGGUUUAGAGCUGAGUGCUUGAACCAGCAACAACUAAUAGAACAACUUCCGAAAUCAAUCUGUACAGGUAUCUGCCAGCAUCUAUUCCUACCAACAGUGGAGAAAGUUUAUCUCUUCAAAGGUGUAUCAAGGGAAAUCUUGUUGCUUUUGGUUGCAAACAUGAAGGCUGAGUACAUCCCUCCUAGAGAGGAUGUCAUAAUGCAAAAUGAAGCGCCGGAUGAUGUUUAUAUAAUCGUCUCCGGUGAAGUAGAGAUCAUCGACAGUGAAACGGAGAAAGAACGAGUUAUGGGCGUUUUGAAAACCGGCGACAUAUUUGGGGAAGUCGGUGCACUUUGCCUCAGACCUCAGAGCUUUACAUUUCGAACGAAGACAUUAUCUCAGCUCCUGAGGUUGAAGAAAAGCGCUCUAAUUGAAGCUAUGCAUGCCAAGGCACAUGACAAUAAACUCAUCCUCAGGAACUUCCUUGAGCACUUCAAGGAGCUUAGGGAUCUCAGCAUCCACGAUAUACUAACUGAGAAUGGAGGUGAUGGAGACCCCAACAUGGCUGCCGAUCUACUGACUGUAGCAAGUGGAGGUAACGCUGCUUUGCUAGAUGAGCUUCUCAAGGCAAAAUUGGAUCCUGAUAUUGAGGACUCCAAAGGAAGAACCCCACUGCACAUGGCCGCAUCCAGAGGCCACGAAGAGUGUGUAUUGGUCCUACUUAAGCAUGGUUGCAAGAUCAACACACAAGAUGUGGAUGGAAAUACUCCAUUGUGGGACGCUGUUGCAGCAAAUCACCAUUCCAUCUUCAGGAUCUUGUACCACUUCUCCUCCAUUUCUGAUCCCUACACAGACGGGGAUCUUCUCUGCACAGCAGCGAGAAGAAACGAUCUUCAGACGAUGAAUAAACUCCUGAAACAUGGAUUGAACGUCAACUCGAAAAAUCGCGACGGAGUCGCUGCUCUGCAAAUCGCCGUGGAUGGGGACUACGUUGAUAUGGUGAACCUACUGGUGACGAACGGUGCCAAGGCUUAUCAGGCCAAUCAGAACGGACAUUCAGAUGAGAUGAUGCAGAAGCCGGAGGGGGGCUACCGUAUUACGGGGAGUGAAGCAAUACUGCCACAUGAUGCCUUAGUAGGACGGUUCAGGAAGAUGCAAGAGGGAAAGGAGAGUAGGGAGAGAAGAUCGAACGGUGGGAAUUGUCUGAGGGUGAACAUAUACAAAGGUCAUCCUACGGUGAGGAGGUAUUCAUUUGGAAGGGAUGCCGGGAGGCUCAUAAAGUUGCCGAACUCAAUGGAAGAGCUCAAACGCAUUGCAGGUGAGAAAUUUGGGUUUGACCCAAAGGAUGCAAUUGUAACAAAUGAAGAAGGUUCGAUAAUUGAGUCCAUUGAAGUGAUAAGAGAUAAUGAAAAGCUUUUUAUAGCUGAAAAUACCAACUGUCUAGACUAAUUAACUUCUACAUUCUGAGUCAACUGAGAUCCCCAAAUGAAUAUAUAUAUAUAUAUAUAUAUAUAUAUGUCAGUAGCCUUCGACUUUUUUAACAAGGAAGGAUGCUACAUUUCUCAGUUCACUUUGUUCUUAAAAUCAUGAGUAUCAAUUGUAAUUAUACUUUAUUAUAAAUUCAAUAAGAGCUAGAUUUAUACAGAUUCCAAACUA